AUGGCAUUUGUUUUACUCUUCAUCGAUUCCAUCCUCAUCAUUUUUUUUUUUUUACUCUUCAUCGAUUCUUUUACCAUUCAUCAGUUUUUUUUUACUCCUCAUAUUUCUUUUUUCAUGGCAUUUGUUUUUCCUUCAUUCUUUUCCAUUCAUCCACUCCCAUUCAUUUGUUUUACUCUUUCUUUUCACCAUUUUUUUUUUUUACUCUCAUCAUACCCCUCAUGGCAUUUGUUUUACUCUUCAUCAUUCAUGUUUUCCUUUUUCCUCAUCAUUUCUUUUUACACCUCAUGGCAUUUGUUUUACUCUUCAUCGAUUCUUUUACACCAUUCAUCAGUUUUCCUUUUACUCCUCAUCAUUUAUUUUUACACCUCAUGGCAUUUGUUUUACUCUUCAUCGAUUCUUUUACACCAUUCAUCAGUUUUCCUUUUACUCCUCAUCAUUUCUUUUUACACCUCAUGGCAUUUGUUUUACUCUUCAUCGAAUCUUUUCCACCAUUCAUCAGUUUUCCUUUUUUUUCACCAUUCAUCAUUUUUUUCCUUUACUCUCUUUAAUUUCUUUUUAACCUCAUGGCAUUUGUUUCAUUUCUUCAUCGAUUCUUUUACACCAUUCAUCAGUUUUCCUUUUUCCUCUUCAUUCUUUUUAACCUCAUGGCAUUUGUUUUUUUCCUUCAUCGAUUCUUUUUCCACCAUCAUUUAUUUUUCAUUUUUUUUCAUGGCAUUUGUUUUACUCUUCAUUUCUUUUCAUCGAUUCAUCAGUUUUCCUUUUAUUCAUCAUUUCUUUUUUAACCCUCAUGGCAUUUUGUUUUACUCUUCAUUUUCUUUUCCACCAUUCAUCAGUUUUCCUUUUUACUCCUCAUUUCUUUUUUUAACCCUCAUGGCAUUUUUUUUCCUUUUACUCCUCUUUCAUUUCUUUUUAACCCUCAUGGCAUUUGUUUUACUCUUCAUCGAUUCUUUUCCACCAUUCAUCAGUUUUCUUUUACUCCUCUUCAUUUCUUUUAACCCUCAUGGCAUUUGUUUCAUCGAAUCUUUUCCACCAUUCAUCAGUUUUUCUUUACCCUCUCUUCAUUUCUUUUUUUUUAACCCGAUUUUUUUUACUCUUCAUCGAUUCUUUUCAUCAGUUUUCCUUUACUCCUCAUCAUUUUUUUUAACCCUCAUGGCAUUUGUUUUACUCUCUUCAUUUCUUUUCCACCAUUCAUCAGUUUUUCCUUUACCUCUUCAUUUAUUUUUAACCUCAUUUGGCAUUUGUUUUACUUUCAUCGAUUCUUUUUACAUUUUCUUUUUUUUACACCCAUGGCAUUUCAUCAUCGAUUCUUUUUUUUCAUCAGUUUUCCUUUUUUUCCUUUAUUUCUUUUUUAACCCUCAUCAUUUAUUUUUCUUCAUCGAAUCUUUCCACCAUUCAUCAGUUUUUUUUUACUCUCUUCAUUUCUUUUUUAACUCCCCAUGGCAUUUGUUUUACUUUCUUCAUCGAUUCUUUUUACACCAUUCAUCAGUUUUCCUUUUUUUCUUUUUAAACCUCAUCAUUUUUUUCCUUUUUACUCUCAUCAUUUUUUUUAACCCUCAUGGCAUUUGUUUUACUUCAUCGAUUCUUUUACACCAUUCAUCAGUUUUCCUUUUACUCAUCUUCAUUUUUUUAACCUCAUGGCAUUUGUUUUACUCUUCAUCGAUUCUUUUACACCAUUCAUCAGUUUUCCUUUUACUCCUCUUCAUUUCUUUUUUCCACCAUGGCAUUUUGUUUUUACUCUUCAUCGAAUCUUUCCACCAUUCAUCAGUUUUCCUUUUACUCCUUUCAUUUCUUUUUAACCCUCAUGGCAUUUGUUUUACUCUUCAUCGAUUCUUUACACCAUCAUCAGUUUUUCCUUUACUCCUCAUCAUUUUUUUUUUCCCUCAUGGCAUUUGUUUUUACUCUUCAUCGAUUCUUUCCACCAUUCAUCAGUUUUUGUUCCUCAUCAUUACCCUCAUGGCAUUUGUUUUGGCAUUUGUUCUUCAUCGAAUCUUUUUCCACCAUUCAUCAGUUUUCCUUUUUACUCCUCUUCAUUUUUUUUUUUCAACCUCUUUUUCAUUCAUCAGUUUUCUUUUUUUUCAUCAUGGUUUUUUUCUUUCGAUCUUUUUCAUCAGUUUUCCUUUUUAA